GGAGGAGGUAUUUCCUUUUAACACUUGCUUUCCGGCGUCUCUGUUGAAGGGCACUAGUUUAUUUGAAGAAGAGCUUCAGUGUGCUCGCAGAUUACGUGCAGGAAUCAUGGGUGGACACGACGCUGGAACUCACCACCAGUUUACUGGCAUCGCGAAGUACUUCAAUGCAUACACCAUUACAGGGAGGAGGAAUUGUGUGCUGGCCACAUACGCCAGCAUUGCUACCAUUAUCCUCUUUUUCAAGUUGAAGCCCAAGAAGCAAAAGGCUGUAACUUCAAGUUAGUUUAAAGACGUAUUUGUGAAUGCAGUGUAUACUGGAUGUUCUUGUUUGACCACAUCGAUUUAUUUCAGAUAUGUAAAGAUUAAUAAAAUAAAAGACUACUUGUACCACUCAACAUUGUAUUCAACAUUUUUUAUUUACAAAUGUUUGCACUAGUACAAAAGCUUGUAGAGAACAUGAAGACCAGUGCCCAUAUGCAUCAUCAAUGUUGGCAUUCUCGUGUACGACCAGUUUCUGGGUUCAUGUCCAAAUGUUCAUCAUCUAUAUAGUCAAAAGGAGCCUUAAAAACAAGCAUGGCAGUGAUGCUAUAAGAAAUGAAAAAUAAAUGUAUGAGCUCAAGUAUUAUUUGUACAACCAAAUAAGAGAAGUCCUGUUUAAUAA